AUGCGCCUUCCUUUCCAUCUUCCUGGACAACAAACAGUUUGUUUCGGUCCUGAUGAAGAUAUUAAUCAAGUGCUAAACAAACCAUCUGUGAACUCAUCAAUGUUUUUAGCUUGGAUGCAACGUAAUCAAGAUCCUAACGACCAUGUUGCACGUACACUAACAUACGUACAGUUUCCGCGUUUUUAUGUUUGGAAGCUUGACAAGCGUAUAUGGGUUCCGAGAAUAAAAGGAAAAACAAUUGGAAGAAUUCAUUCCGUUUCUCCUUCUACCGGUGAAGCGUACUAUUUAAGAAUUCUUCUUAACAAAGUUAAAGGACCAACAUCGUUUGAUGAUAUUAAAACAGUUAAUGGUCGAGUGUACGAUACUUUUAGAGAUGCUUGCUAUGCGCUUGGUUUGUUGGAUGACGACUCUGAGUAUAUUGAGGCCAUCAAAGAAGCAAAUAUAUCAGGUAGUGCAGGUUAUAUUCGCAAUUUAUUCGCCACCAUGUUACUGUCAAGCACAUUAUCUAGACCUGAAGUUGUCUGGGAAAGCACAUGGAAGUAUAUGACAGAUGAUUUUCUGUACAGAUUCUCAAAGUAUCAUCGUGUUUCAGGUUUAUCAAUUCCUGAUGAGCAACUAAAGAACUACGUUUUAUGCGAAAUAGAGAAGUUUUUAACUCGGAAUAAUUCAUCGCUUCGGAGAUUUUUAUCAAUGCCUUACCCGGAUACUUCAUCUUUAGAUAACUUUCGCUGCCGAUUGAUUAACGAAGAGCUUGCUUAUGACAGAACAGAGUUACAAAAUGUUUAUCAAGGUCAGGUGAAUUUGUUAACGGAUGAACAACGUGCAGUAUAUGAAGAAAUUAUGAACGCAGUUCAUGGAGACAAUGGAGGAGUAUUUUUUGUUUACGGUUAUGGCGGGACCGGUAAAACGUUUUUAUGGAAAACAUUAUCUGCUGCAAUUAGGUCAAAAGGUCAGAUUGUAUUAAACGUUGCAUCUAGCGGAAUUGCAUCAUUGCUGUUGGAGGGAGGAAGAACGGCUCAUUCUAGGUUUCAUAUACCUUUGAAUCUUAAUGAGGAUUCCGUUUGUCAUAUAAAACCAGACGAUGAUGUAGCUAAAUUACUACAGCAGACCAAACUCAUUAUAUGGGAUGAAGCUCCUAUGGUUCAUAAACAUGCAUUUGAGGCUUUGGAUAGAACUAUGCAUGACAUUUUCAAUAUAUCUAAUCCAUCCAGGUCUGAUGUUUUAUUUGGAGGGAAGGUGAUUGUAUUUGGUGGUGAUUUUAGGCAAAUACUACCUGUUGUUCCAAACGGUGGACGUCAAGAAAUUGUGAAUGCCUCAUUAUGUUCUUCUUAUCUGUGGAGUAAGUGUAAGUUGUUGACGUUAUCUAGAAACAUGAGGUUAACUGUUGGAAGACCAUCAUCUGAAGUUGAAGAGAUUAGUAAUUUUGCAAAAUGGUUGUUGGACGUUGGCGAGGGAAAUGUUGGUGGUUCCAAUGAUGGAGAAGCAAUAAUUGAAAUACCACCUGAGCUUUUAAUUGAUAGCAUAUCUGAUCCAAUUUCUAGCCUCAUUGAUUUUGGUUAUCCGUCAAUCUUGGAUAAUUACAAUGAUCCUAAUUACUUUAGUACAAGAGCUAUACUUGCGCCUAAGAAUGAGGUUGUUCACGAGAUUAACGACAGAUUGUUGGCAGUUUUCCCUGGUGAAGAAAAAGAGUAUCUUAGUUCUGACAGUCUAUGCCCUACUGAAGAUGGCAAUGUUGAUCAGCAAAAUAUAUAUUCUCCUGACGUGCUCAAUGGUCUCAAAGUGUCUGGUUUACCAAAUCAUAAGUUAGUGCUUAAAGUUGGCGUUCCAGUAAUGUUGUUGCGAAAUAUUGACCAACGAAAUGGUUUGUGUAACGGUACAAGGUUAAAGGUCACAAAACUUUACAGCCGUGUUAUUGAAGCUGAGAUAAUUUCUGGUGGUAAUAUUGGUUCUCGGACAUUCAUACCUAGAAUCAAUUUGGUACCUUCGGACCGAAAGAUUCCUUUUGCAUUUCAAAGGAGGCAAUUUCCAAUAACUGUAUGUUUUGCAAUGACGAUUAACAAAAGCCAGGGACAGUCGCUAUCUAAGGUUGGGUUGUACCUAAGACAACCAGUUUUCACACAUGGUCAAUUGUACGUAGCUUUAUCCAGGGUUACAAGACGAGAUGGAAUCAAGUUACUAAUACUUGACAAUGAUGGCAGGCCUACAAAUAAAACAACCAAUGUCGUAUAUAAAGAGAUAUUCAAUGGAUUGUGA